GAUUUAAACCGAAAAUCCAUCGCAUAAAAGCCCAGAGAAAAAGUGAGGGUUCCGCCGUAAAACUCACCGAGUCCGGCGAUCUUUCGUACGUUCAGCGGUUCCGCCACUGUCGUACCUGCAACUGUUAUUCCAUAGAGAAACUGUACCGGUGAAAGUAUUUGAAAGCCGAGGCAAUGUCGGUAUCCGACGAAGAAAUAACGAGGCUGCAUAGAGUCCGGAAAACAUGUUUUGAGAUGCUGAGAGACCGUGGGUACGAGGUUGAAGAUUCAGAGAUACAAAUGAGUAGAAAAGAGUUCAUUGACAAGCAUAAUGGAGUUAUUAGAAGGGAAGACCUAACUUUCCUUAAGUCCAAACCAGGCAACACUGAUCAGAUCUAUGUUUUCUUUCCUGAUGAUCUGAAGAUUGGUGUGAAGAUAAUCAAGAACUAUGUAAUCCGUAUGGAAAAUGAGGGCGUACGAAGAGCAAUAGUAGUGGUUCGAGUAGGUUUAACUCCCAGUGCCAAGGCAUGCCAGACUGAGAUAGCCGGAAGGUUCCAAGUGGAGGCUUUUCAGGAAGCAGAGCUGCUAGUAAACAUCCGAUAUCAUGAUCUUGUUCCCGAACAUCUCCCGCUUACGAAUGUGGAAAAGAAAGCUUUGCUGGAUCAAUACACCGUCAAAGAAGCCCAGUUACCUAGAAUUUUGGCUUCAGAUCCAGUCGCCAGAUAUUAUGGGUUAAGGCGCGGGCAAGUUGUUAAGAUUCUGAGACCGAUUGAGACGGGGACUAGCGAGAAAGACAAGGAUGACUUUGACUCCAAUAAAAGAGACCGUAAAGAAGAGAUCUGCUAUGUCACUUACAGAAUUGUCGGCUGAACUCAAAUUCUGGUCAAGAAUUCGUUACAAGCGGACGGCUUUUUAUUGUUAGAUAACAGUUAUUUUAAUGACGCCUAUAGACUUGACAUAUAAAAACUUAAUAUAAAGUAAUUGUGGUAUAUUCGGGUCAA